AUGACAAUUAAAAAUUCUGAAGAGUUUGGUUAUGUUAAUUUUGUAGAAGGUUUGAAUGUUGUUGAUAUUAACCGAGUUAGGUCUGAAACGCGCAAGGAUGUAAUUCUGGGAAAAGUUAACAAUUUAAUAAGAUAUGGGUUUGAAAAAGAAAAUGAAGAUGAUACACUGAAACCAUUUUAUGGUAGAAAAGAUGAACUAUCAUUGGAUAAAGGUGUAAUAAUGUGGGGAUACAGAGUUGUUCCGUUCACAUUAAGAAAACAGUUGUUACAAGAAUUGCAUGCUAAUCAUGAAGGGAUUGUUAAAAUGAAGACGAGGGCAAGGUCUUACUUUUGGUGGCCUUCGCUGGAUGGUGAUAUAGAAAAGGUAGUGAAAACGUGUGAAAUAUGUAUCAAACAGUGGCCAGAACCGUCCAAAAGUUCUUCAAAUUCUUGGAUAAGAACAAAUAAACCGUUACAACGGGUUCAUGCAGACUUUUUAGGUCCUUUUAUGGGGAAAACUGUUUUGGUUAUAAUUGAUUCUUACAGUAAAUGGCCUGAGGCUUAUGUCAUGAAUAAGUCGGGAGAUGCGAAAGAAACCAUUGAAAAGUUUAGAACUUUUAUGUCAACAUUUGGUUUAAUUGAAUUACUGGUUACAGACAAUGGUAGUCAAUGUACAUCUUAUGAGUUCACACAAUUUUUGGCAAAAAAUGGUAUAAAAUUCUUAACUUCUCCUGUGGGACAUCCAUCUAGCAAUGGUCAGGCUGAAAAUCUAGUUAAAAGUUUUAAGAAUAGUUUAAUCAAGAACACAAGGGAUAGCUCUAAUAAGGGUGUUAGUUUUCAAACAUUAUUGUCUCGUUUUUUGUUUAGUUAUAGAAAUUCCAAUCACAUGACUACAGGUGUAACACCAGCAAGUUUAAUGUUAAAAUUUCAACCCAAAACUAGAUUAGAUAUAUUGAGGUCAUCUGAGACAUUAUUUAAAAAGGACAAGAGUAAUGAAGGUAAAAGUGUAAAAAGUUUUGAGAUGGGGGAAAUAGUGUAUUGUAGAGAUUUGAGAAAUCCCAAUAAGAAAAGUUGGGCAAAGGCAGGAAUAGACGAAUUAAUUGGAGAUUCUGUAUACUUUUGUAAAUUGUUAACGGAAAAUCUUGUUUGGAAACGUCAUGCCGAUCAAAUUAUAAAAUAUUCGGAACAAAUUGUUGAGGAUUCUGAAGUCAUUCCAGACAAGAUCACUCCGAGGGAAAAUAAUAAUGAGCUGUUAGAGAAUAGAUUUGUAAGACAGGAAUUAGUUAAAGAAAAAACUUUGUUGGUAGAUACAAAGGAAUCCGAAGUUGACUCCAAUGGUAACUCUUCCAACAUAAUUUUAUAUGAUGAACAAUGUGUAACAGACAAUAAGGUUCAAAACAAUGUAUCUGAAAAUAUUGUGUGUAGAAUGAAUUUAAGACCUAGACACAAUAUUAAACCACCCGAUAAGUUGAACUUAUAG